AAGUCAACAGUCUUUGGGUAUCGAACUGAGCAUAGGCAUCUAAUCCGGAGCAGUUGUGAUUUAGUCGUAGAACAUGAAAUUGACGAUUUUGCUUUUGGCCCUAGUUGGCUGCGUGGCUGCGGCCAGCUUUCCUUACAAGAAGGAAGUUAAAAUUGCUGACAAGGAUUUCUUGUUCAAACAAAAAUUCUUAUUCGAGAUUGUAUAUCGUGUAGAAGAUCCUUUGAUGUUCGAGGAAUGGAUUAAGUUCGGUGAUAAAUUCAUUGUUGACAAGUCAUAUUAUACCAAAUUCGACUAUUAUAUGGAGAAAUUCUAUGAAUCAUAUAAAUAUGGUGCCCUCUUACCUAAAGGUGAAUUCUUUGGCGCUUUCGCUAAGACUCAUCACAAACAGGCUUGGGGUCUAUUUAAUUUCUUCUACUUUGCUAAGGAUUGGGACACUUUCAUGCGCAACGUUGCUUGGGCUCGUAUUCAUGUUAAUGAAGGCAUGUUCGUGUAUGCCCUUACCUUGGCUGUCAUUCACCGUCCAGACUUCGAAGGUCUAUUCUUGCCAAGAAUCUAUGAAAUUUUCCCACAAUACUUCUUCAACAGUAAAUUCAUCUAUGAAGCUGAGAAAUUCGAUUAUGAAUUCUGGAGUAAAUACGUUAUGUAUGAAAAGGAAUACAAGGACAUUUUCUACAAGGGUAAAAAUUAUUACAACGACAACAGCUACUUCUUUACCAAGGACUGGAAGACAUGGCAAUGGUGGAAGAUGAUGGGUCUUGGUGAACACUGGUAUCAAGAUGACAAAUACUUCUUAGGUACCAAAUACACAACAUACAGCAAAGAUCCUGUAUGGAUAGAAGCUCUUCAUGAUGUUAAAGUAUGGUGGAUGCCAGUUGACUAUACCCGCGAUAUUGAAUUCUACAAUGAUGAAUCUUAUCUUUCAUACUUCACUGAAGAUUUGGACUGGAACGCUUUCUGGUACUACUUGAAUAUGGAUUACGCUUUCUUCUUGGAUGGCAAGACUUUCGGUUUGAACAAGGAUCGUCGUGGUGAAUACUGGAUUUACACCUUACAACAAAUCGUUGCCCGUUACUAUCAAGAACGCUUGUCUCAUGGCUAUGGUGAAAUUCCAUACUUCUCAUGGUAUCACGCUUACGAAUAUGGCUACGAUCCAGAAUUGAUCUACUACAACGGUGUUGGUUACACUUACCGCAAGAAUUACUGGCAAUUCGAUACCUACGGCAACUACGAAGUAUUCAACAAAAUCCAAAAUUACUUCAGCCGCUUUGACCACAUCAUUGACCAAGGUUAUUACCAGAUGGCUGAUGGUACAAAAUUCGAUUUACGCGAUCCCAAAGCAGUUGAAUAUAUUGGAAACUUCUUACAAGGCAAUAUUGAUACAUUCGACAAAUUCUUCUUCAAUUACUGGUACGUGCUCGCACAAAUGUACUUCGGCGAUGUAGACUACUAUGACUUCAAGGUUUAUCCCAAUGUCUUCCUCAACCCUGAAACAAUGUUACGUGACCCAAUGUUCUACUCGUUCCACAAAUUAAUACUCGAGAAAUUCUACUACUUCACAUACCACUUGAAACCAUAUACCUAUGAAGAAUUAUACUUCCCUGGUGUUGCUAUCAAGGAGGUUAAAUUCGAUGCCUUCUAUACCUACUUCGAUUUCACCGACUUUGAUGUCACCAACUUGUUGAACGAUAAGAUGGUCUUCGAUGAUGGUAAAUUUGUCUGGGACAAGACUCUAUUGGCUCGUCAAUCCCGUCUUAACCACAAACCAUACACAUACGAAAUUUUCGUUGAAGCUGACAAAAAACAAGAUGUCGUUUUCCGUGUAUUCUUGGGACCUAAAUUCGAUGAAUACGGUCGUGUCUUCUCAUUGAAUGAAAACCGUCAAAACUUUGUACAAAUUGACAAAUUCUUCUAUACUUUGGAAAGUGGCAAGAAUGAUGUCAAGCGCAGCUCCAAGGACUACUUCUACUGGGUUGGAGAUUACACCACCUACACCGAAUACUACAAAUAUAUUAUGUUUGCUUUUGAAGGCAAAUACGACUUCCCACUUUCUAUCACCGAACCACACUGCGGCUUCCCAGAACGUUUGGUCAUUCCUCACGGUUGGGUUAAGGGUAUGCCCAUGCAAUUAUUCUUCUUCGUCACACCAUACCAUGGUGAUCACUCUCAAUUCUCCAACUUCGAUUACUCCUACUCAUGUGGUGUUGGCUCUGGCACUCGCUAUGUUGAUGAACUUCCAUUCGGUUAUCCAUUCGAUCGUGAAAUCGAUGAAUUCGAUUUCUUCGUACCAAAUGCCUUCUUCAAGGAUGUCAAGAUCUUCCACGAAGAGAAAUACGAAAAAUACUUCACAAAGCAAUACGAACAUUUCGGUUCUUUCGAUUAUUCCUACUACAAUUAUUAAAUUUACGUGAAAAGGAUAUUAAAGCAGAAAAUAAGCAAU